GAGCAGCGGCCGUCCCGCACCGGAUCCUGGCCCGUGCCCCGCACAGCCGCCGCCGCCGCCGCCAUGCACGACUCCGAGUGCCGCUGGAGCCUGUCCUUCUGCGGCUGCGGCUUCCUGGGCUUCUACCACAUCGGGGCGACCCGCUGCCUGAGCGAGCGCGCCCCGCACCUCCUCCGCGACGCGCCCAUGUUCUAUGGCUGCUCCGCUGGGGCGGUGCACUGUGUCAUCUUCCUGUCCCAGGUCCCACUGGAUCAGACUGUCCAGAGCCUCAUGGACCUUGUCCGGAAAGCCAGGAGACAGAACAUCAGCACCCUCCAUCCAUCCUUUGAGAUAAGCAAGUGCCUCCGAGAUACGCUUGAAGAAAAUCUACCCUCCAAUGUGCACCAACUCAUCUCUGGCAAAGUAGGCAUUUCACUCACCAGAGUGUCUGAUGGGAAGAACGUGCUGGUCUCUGAUUUCCAGUCCAAAGAUGAAGUCCUGGAAGCCUUGAUGUGUUCCUGCUUCAUUCCUUUCUACUCGGGCUUAAUCCCUCCAUCCUUUAGAGGUGUGCGGUACGUGGAUGGAGGACUGAGUGACAACAUACCAUUUCUGAAUGCCAAAACGACCAUCACAGUGUCCCCCUUCUAUGGGGAGUACGACAUCUGCCCUAAAGUCAAGUCCACAAACUUUCUUCUUGUGGACAUCGCCAAGCUCAGUCUCCGCAUCUGUAUGGGAAAUGCCCACCUUCUCUCCAGAGCAUUCUUCUCUCCCAGUCUCAAGGAGAUGGGGGAGCUCUGCUUCCAAGGGUACCUAGACGGCUUGCGCUUCUUGCAAGAGAGUGGAAUGUGCAUCUGUAACAGGCCCCAGCUGGGCCCGAACUUGUCCUUGGAAGAAAUGGAGCAAGAAGUCAUGGCACCCUACUGUGAAGACAGUAGCAUGGAGGGGGACAAGCUGCUGGACCCCCUGAGCCUCACCGUCCUGCCACCAUGGGACGAGACCAUCCUGGAGAUCCUGUCCCCCAGGCUUACCACAGCCCUCCAUGAAGCAAUAGAAGACAGAGAUGGGUAUCUGAGCAAGGUCUGUAACCUCCUACCUGUGCGGAUCCUGUCCUACAUGCUGCUGCUCUGCACCCUGCCUGUGGAGUCGGCCAUCGCUGCUGUCCGCAGACUGGUGAUGUGGCUUCCAGACCUGCCCAAUGACAUCCAGUGGUUGCACUGGGCAACUUCUCAGGUCUGCGUCCGUGUGACGACAUGUCUGCUCCCCUCUUCCAGAUCCCAAAUGCCAGCAAGCAUCCAACAUGCUUCCUCAUACAAACCAGAAAUACCAGAAUGCAGUUCUGCUGCUUUGUAGAUGGCAGGUCCCCACUUCCCAUGGACCUGAACGCUUGCCCUGUGGAUGGUCCAGGAGAGGCAAUGCUGUCACUUGGUCUCCACCCUCAGGUCCAGCCUGACCUUGGGCUGGGGCACCACCUGCUGGGUGGGGAUGUUCACCUUCCCUGAUGUCCCAGUGGGAAGGGUUUUGGCACCUGAAGAGGCAUCUGGGGAUUCUUUGAGAUGCUGAGCCUUCUCAUCUUUGUCUAGCUGCCCGUGGCUGCUGUUUAGUGACCCCAUGCCUGGGACCCAGGCUCUCCAGCUCCAGGCUGAAUCCAGUUUAUGGAAACCAGAGAUAAUGGGGUUGGACUAUGGGCAGCUAGCAAGCUACUUUUGGUAUAGGUGAAGUCCAGCACUUACAGAGAUCUAAUUUCUGAGCAUCAGUUAGCUGUGUUGAUUGGGGAACAGAGCCAGAAAGCCAGCACAGAGGUCUGUCUCUGGUUCUGUUUCACGGCCUUUUUCGGCUGUUUUUUGAGGAUGGCCAAGAUACCUUGGAAGGCCAACAUUUGAACCUGGGCCUUGUGACUGGCAGUUUGUGCAAUCUUGAAGGCAGAGAGUAUCAGGUUCCCACCAACUCCCAGGGUGCACCCAGUGCAGGAGAGGGGGUUAUGACCCUGAGAAGAGCCCCAACUAUUAGGUGGUGGUAAAAGAUGAUAACUUGUCUACAUCUGAGAACACCUUUUUGGCCUAGCUAAAAUAUUUUCUAAAGUUUCAUAUAAACAUGCAAGGGCAUACGUGUUGAAUUACGUACUAUGUGAAGCAGUGAGCUGUUCACAGAAUAAGCCUUAAAGUAAAACCUAAUGUGUGGGGCAGACACCCUCCCUGCUGGGCAGAGCCAACCACAAUGGAAGAUUCCACCUCUUUGCUCAACUUGAACUUGGCUUACUUUCCACACACGUCUGCUGCAUCCUUCUUUCUCUCAGAAUCUUCCUCUCUCUCCUCUAUUCUGCCAGCCUUAAUGGAGACAAGCACUUGAGGCACAACCUGCCUUUUCCUCAGGAAUGUGUAGAUGAUCGAAGGUGAAAUGUGUGUGUUCUCUAAUUCACACGCUUGAGUGUAACAACAAAAAGAAACAGUGGGGCUGGGGAUGUGGCUCCAGUGGGAAUGGCUGGCAAACAGGAGGCCCUGAGUUCAAAUCCCAAUACUACCAAAACUAAAACCAAACAACAUACAAAACCAGAAACAGUGAUCUGCUCAAACUCCUAAAUGUUGGCCGAGAAAGUUACAGCAUGCCUCUGUGCUGUGUGGGUGAGACUUCCAAGUGCAACUUCAAGUUCAAAUUAGCACUUUCUAGAGAAGACAACUCUGUGAGAAGGUGGCUCCACAGGACAGCCUGUGUGAGCCUCUCUCGUUCACAUGCCAGAAGCCCAGGGUUUUGGGUGGGAGCCCGGCUCCCUACUCGGGGGUCUCCUGUUCUGGUGAAGACGUUCCAUAAAUAAGGCCUAAAGGUGCAUGGGGUGGGGUGGGGUGCUCUGUGCUGCCACCCCCAGAACAAAGCCCGGUCCCUUUGGAGAGCUGGAACAGGGGUGGAGGAGGGUGCACCUGGUACCCAUCUGGCUCCGUGUGACCCCGUGCUUCUUCCCAAGUUUUUCCACGGACUUCCUUCUGCUCAGCCACAGAAGGCUGGGCCUGGGUCAUUGGCAAAUGUUCAUGGUGUUUGACAACAAUCAAUUUCCACAUAGACAGGUACACUGUAUUAUAAGAAUGGUAAAUGGCUGAUUGGAUCACACAGGACUUCUUUCUGCUUUUUAAAAUUUUUCAGCAUCCUUACAGUGAGCAUAUGUAUUGCUGUUACAUUUUUUGGCAGUACUGGGGUUUGGUUAAUUUAUUUUUUUUUUUUUUUCUGGAAGUACUGGAGUUUGAAUUCAGGGUCUCACACUUGCUAGGCAGGUGCUCUACCACUUGAGCCAUGGCCCAUCCCCCAGCCCCACUGCGUUAUUUUGUAAAGAUGGUAGUAAGAUUAGGAAGUAAGAGCGACAGCCUAGCGGUGGUGGAGGCUGCCCCACCUCCCGGAGAGAUUCUCCUUAGCACAUGGGAACACUUAAUUUCCUGUUGCCCAAUCAGCUGGAGCCCUUCCAUUAUCUGCGGGAGUAAUUAGGUUAGGAGAGUUAAUGCCACGGAGCAGCGGUCUUUAUUUGGUACACAAGAGAGGAACUUGUGCAGAGUAUGUGCCCGAUUUUGUUUAAGAACUGUGUGAAAGGACUGAAGGGAUGCAUACCCAAAUAUCAUUCUGCUUCUCAUUCUGCUGUUAUCUGUGGUAGGACUGUCUUGGUUGGGUCUGUGUGUGUCUUCCAAAUUCCUGUAGUGAACAUCAGGGUCAGAAAAUACUCAUAAUA